AUGGCACUUCCAAAAGUAUUAAGUCCUGGUUUUUGGUUAGAUAAAGUUCUUAGGAUAUUCUUAAAACUAGUAUUGGCCAUCUUGUUACAUGUUUUAUAUUUGAUUAAAGGUGAACAAGAACAAGUCCAUGUAAGAAAAGUUGAAGUUACCGUUAAAAAUGUUCCCAACAACAAAAACAAUAAAACUAAAGAUAAUAAAACAAUUAAAGAUAAUAUUAAUGACGUUGAAAUAAUCAAAAACAACAUAACAAAACCCAUUGAUGUUUUUAAUAUCACUGGAACUCUUAUUGAAUUAAAACCGGAUGAACUUGAUGAAAAUUCAAUUGAAAAAAAAGAAAUUUCUAUGCCUAUCAUUCUCAAUACUAUUAAUGAUAUUAUUACUAACAAUCAACCUGAUGAUAAAAAAGAAGAAUAUCAAUCAUCAAUUGAUGAAGAUGAUGAAUCAGUUAAAGAAGAGUACCAAUCAUCAAUUGAUGAAGAUGAUGAAUCAGUUAAAGAAGAAGAGGAAUUAUUUCAAAACAUUUACCAUAAUGUAUCAAGUUUUGAAAUGAAAACUUCUCAUGAUUAUAGAAGCAAUAUCACGAAAAAAUCUAACAUUAUACCAUUUGAGUUCCAUUGGAAACAUGGUGGUAACAGAGUCUUCAUUACUGGUGACUUUGAUAAUUGGUCAGCAUGUAAACAUGAAAUGUCGAGAAUUCCAAAAACAAAUGAUUUUGUUGCUAUUAUUGAUAUUGAUUGCACUAAACAACAUGAUUUUAAAUUUGUUGUUGACGGUGAAUGGAAAUUCAAUUGGGAUCUUGAAACACGUUAUGAUGAACAUGGAAAUAUAAACAAUUUUAUCUAUGCUGCACCAACAUCUGAUUCUUUGAAUCCUGAAUAUAAUGACAAUGUUGUUUUUCUUGAAUUAUGGCAUGAAGUGACGGUACGCGCAGCACAAGAUACUGGCACAUCUCCAUUAUCCUCGCCAACAUUUCCCGAUGGUAUUACCGAUAAAUCAUCUGCAAACAAAGUAGAAGUACAAAUAACUGUUGAUGAAGGAACUGUUUUUGAUGAUCCAGCUGGCUUAUUUGAUCAUUCUUUUGAAAGAAUUCAAGCAAUAAUAGUAAAAAAUGUUUCCAAAGAAUUUUUGAAUGGAUUGAAAGUUUAUAGUAAAAACAGUAAUAGUAAUAGCAAUACUGUUCUUCUUGAAUUAUUACCAGAUCUUUUUUCCAAGGAAUUGCAGGGUUACAUUUGGGAUCGUAUUCUUAUGCGAAACCAAUUUUCUGAAAUGGGCGGAUUCCAAUUUAAAGCUGAUAUGGAAAAGGGAUUAUUCUUUAUUGGGAAAAGAUGGGUGAAAAAACCAGAAAAUUAUUUCAAGAGGAUAAAAGAAGCUUGUAUUUUGUUGACCCUUCCAUCUAAAAAGAAUAUUAAGUCGACAGUUAAUCAUGAUAAUGAUGAUGAAGACAAAAGAUCAAAACAAAACUCAUUGUCAUAUGUGACUUCAAUACUUUAUAAUGAAGAAGUAGAACCUAUAGAGAUAACUAGAAUGUUGGAAAAUCUAGGUAUUCAUCAUCUGUCAGCUAAAGAAGCAAAGGAUAUUGUUGAAAGAAGAAUUGAAUGUUGGAAAUAA